UUACAUUAGAUUAGAUUAGACUCAAGCGAGCAGAGCAGCACCGUUUUCUUUUUAACAUGUUUAAUGCGGGAGAAUAUUCUGCUGCCGCCGCCGCCUUUGAAGGCAUGAACUCGCUCCCGAGCGCGAGGAAGAAGAAGAACAAGCUGGUGAACAAGAGAAGGUUCAGUGACGAACAGAUCAGGUCAUUGGAGUCCAUCUUCGAAUCCGAGUCGAGGCUAGAGCCUCGAAAGAAGAUGCAGCUCGCCAGGGAAUUGGGGCUUCAGCCCCGCCAGGUGGCCAUUUGGUUCCAGAACAAGAGAGCCCGAUGGAAGUCCAAGCAGCUGGAUCGUGACUUCGCCAUCCUUCGCGCCAACUACAACGCUCUCUAUUCCCGGUUCGAAUCUCUCAAGAAAGAGAAGCAAUCCCUUAUCACCCAGAUUGACAAACUCAACCGACUGAUUGAGAAGCCGCAAGAAGAUAGCCAGAGCUCCAGGCAUGAUUCGGCAACGAACAGCAUCGAUCGCGAAUCCGGCAAUGGGGAACCAAAGCAUGAAGAUAGCCAGCCUGCUGUAUUACCGGACAAAUCGGUGCGUUUGAUGGGAAUCCCAUGCGAGGAUGACUACUUUGGACUAGAAGGGGAGCAGAGCCUCCUAAACAUGGCCGAACCCGAUCCCGAACCUGCCCCUGCAGAUAGCUCCUUGACAUCACCGGAGCACUGGGGCAGCUUGGAGACCGAUGAUCUUCUCAACCAGUCGUCCGGAAGCUCGCAGUGGUGGGACUUCUGGUCUUGAAGGGACGGGGCUCUUUAGAAAAACAGAUUUACCCUCUUCAAAGCAUCUGAACCAACUCAAAAGACUCCAAACAAGCAUCAUCCCAAGAAAGAGGAGCAUGAAAAUCAAUUGACGAUCCCUGAAUAGUGGGAGUUUGCUGCUGCUGCAGCUAGGCGGUAAUUUAAAGAUGAUGUUGAGCACUGAACGAAUCACAGAACAAGCGAGAACCUCCCACCAACAUGUAUAUACAAAUGUCCAACACUCCUAUAAUAAGAGGAGGAUUUUUGUCCA